AUGGGGGUGACAACAAGGGCGAGGUCGAAGUCCCGAGAACCCAGUCCGGGCCCAGAUCGGAGACGCAAACCCAACAAAGCAAAGCCUGCUGCCGAGAAACCCAGGAAGAGUAAGCGAGGCAAGAAGGACCAGGCAGACGGCCUCAGUACUAUACGAGAGGAGUCCUCCUCAUCUCCAGAGACUUCGAGCCAGGACCUGAAACGGCAGAGUCCAAGGCUUUCAGAGGGCCCAGAAUUCACGCCGCCGUUCGUACCGCCUAAAGAAGCAAUCACAGCAGCCAGACAAGAAGAAUACCCAAGAGAGCCUCCAGGGUUCAAGAACACCACAGGGGAUGUCUGCUAUCGUAAUGCGCUUGUGGCCCUGCUUUUAUCCAGCAACAGAAUAAUCUCAUGGAUACAACAUCGCUACGUCGCCAGACUUGAGGAUGCAGGUGUUCAGGUGCAGACUCAUAUCGAGCAAAGCCAAAGCACUAAAAAGUCGACAACUUCGAAUACCCAUCAUACCGAUAUUUGGUGCGAGCUGUACGAUCUUCACAAGUUGUCCCGAGAUCGAAGAACCACUCAGCAUAAUCUUGACGUGGCUAUGAAAGCGUUCUGGGCGUUCUUGAAGAAUGAGAGCAAGAGAGAGGUCAAGACCAAGCUCUUUUCAAAAUGGGAAGGGAAGUUCAGGGGACAUCAAGACAGCCACGAGUUGCUGGCGUGGUGGCUGGAGUUGAGUGGCGAGCAAACUCGUGCCAUGACAGAACGCCGAUCAGACGCCCUGCUGGAUAUUGAAGGCGGUGAAGAUCAGGUGGCAAAGCUGAUGGACCUUUCAGCAUACAGCAUCAAAGAAAUUGCAACGGUAUCCCAGACGCACCGCCACGGCUGUGUUGAGUGUAAAAGAAAUGUCCUCUUUCGCAAAGGCACGCUGGCUGAAGAGACAUAUUGGGAAAUUCCACUCACCCAAGAUCCUGAAUCCCCAAUGCCUAAAGGCAAGAAGGUCAAGACCAAGGAACUCGAGAACUUGAUUUCGAAGUGCAUGAAGAGUAAAAUGGACGGAGUCCGGUGCAAGCAAUGCUACGAUAAAUUUGAGAAAUGGAGUCAAAACCUACGAGCAGAUGUAAAAAAGGCCGGAACCAAACAAGCAAAGGCAGCGGCAGAAGCAGAGAUCGACCGGGAGGUCAAAAAAUGGGAGAACAAAACAACGGUUGAAUGGCGGCGACUAUGCUCAUUGCCCGAAGUGCUCAUUCUGCAUCUCCUCCGCUUCAACAGCAAGGACGGCCAGAUCCAGAAAGACGAGACGAAGGUCACUUUUGAAGAAACCCUUGAUAUGGCUCCUUUCCUGGAGCACCGGAUGUCAUUUGGAUCGUCGACCAAAUAUCGCCUGGUGGCUAUCUUAAGUCAUAGUGGCACACUCAACGCCGGUCACGUUAUCUCGGAGGUUUGCUCGGGAGGUAUUUGGUAUAGAGUCAACGAUGACGAUGUUUGGCAGACGACUUUUGACGAUAUCAAGAAGGAGAAACUGUUCACUCCUUACAUUCUCUUGUACGAGAAGAUUGUCGAAGACGACGGCAGUGACGACAACCAUGCAGAUAGGAAUGUUAGCCCGGAGGGCGGCGAUGGCGGCGGCAAUGAUGACAGCGAAGAGACCAAUGCCGAGGCCCAACAGACUGGCAUCGACAAGGACAACAACUCUGGAGAGAGAGACGACGACUCGACCCCCUUGAACCCUUGUCUUCCCACCUAUUCUCCCGACAGCGACGACCAGGCACCUCUGCAAAUGCAGCUUGCUGGAGACCGAACUCCCGAAGCAGGUCAGUACCUGGUUGAAUGGUGGGCAACCAUCAACAACUGCAAAUUCAAAUUGCCCAAGUUGCUCCUGGAGGCCUCGAUCCCUCCACUGCAAAUCAGCAAGGAUGAGCAGGGCGGCCGAUAUGAGGCCAACCAAUACUACCUCCAGGUGAACCUAACGAUGGAGGACAGUCGGCGUCGGCUCACACAGGUGUCAGGGGCUGGAUUGAUUCACAUGCCCUUGCCCGAAGACUGGACACCUCCUGGUACACCAGGGGCGAACGUCGGCGAGAAACGUAAGCGCGGCAACGAUGAGCCUGUAGCCAGCCCUGGCGGCAACAAGAAGCCCAAAGGCAGUGGCGGGGAGGUGGGCAAUGGGGACAAAAAUGGCUCUCCUCGCUCUGGUAAGGGCAGGUCCCCAAGCGCAAAAAGCCCGAAGACUAGGUCUAGUCCGCGAGGAGGCAAUGCGGACAAAGGCGGCUCUUCUCGCUCUGGGAAGAAAAAGUCCCCAAGCGCAAAAGGUCCCGAGGCCAGUCCACCAGGGAGCGGUGAGUCCUGGAAGAAGAAGGACAUUGAUGGAGGAGAUUUGGACUACGAGCCAACUGUGUUGGAGGAGCCCGGCAAUGACAAGGCGGUGUCCCCAUCAGAUUCGCUAGCUUCGCUGUUCUGA